UCAGUUUGUUUUCAGAUUCCCUUGCUGCCACUUCACUUUCGAAACACUGCGGUCCAUUCAAUUGUUGCAACUUAACGGAGCUACCCUUAUACCAAUUUUCCUGUUGCGAUUGAGCCUGACCAUGGCCACAGACACCACCGCCUCUGCCGCCGCCACCGCCGCUGUGGGGGAUGCCAAGUUCGCAUCAAAGCUUUACCAUCAACUGGCCAAUGCUCAGGGCAAUGGCAAUCUUAUUGUGUCGCCCGUAUCCAUUCGCACCGGUUUGGCUUUGCUGUAUUUGGGUGCCGAUGGCAUUACGGAGCAACAACUGAAGCAGGGUUUGGAAUUGCAGACAGCUUCGAGUAAAUCUGAAGUGGCUCAACAAUUCGCUCAGUUGGUCACCAAAAAGGCCAAAAUCCCCGUGGAUGGUGAAGAUGUGCCCGAAUUGAAGUAUGCCAAUCGGAUUUAUGUGGCCCAGCAAUACCAACUGGCCACGGCCUAUCAGGAUUUGGUUGGCAAAAAUUUCAAUGCAUCCGCGGAGAAUGUGAAUUUUGCACUCGACUCGAAGGCAACGGCUGAGCACAUCAACACGUGGGUGGAGGAACAAACUAAAGGUCAUAUCAAAGACCUCAUCAGCUCGGACAGCCUGGAUGCCAGCACUGCGGCUGUUCUGAUCAAUGCCAUUUACUUCAAGGGCAAUUGGUUGCAGAUUUUCGAAGAAUACCAAACAGAGCCGCGGGAAUUUACCAGCCAGUCAGGUCAAAAGGUGAAAGUGGAUACUAUGUAUCAAUCGGAUUACUUUCAAUACGCAGAUUUGCCCGAAUUGAAGGCCAAAGCCCUGGAAUUGCCAUAUGAGAAUACAGAUAUUGUAUUUUUGAUCCUAUUGCCGCACCAAGAGCAGGGAUUGUCUGACCUGGAAGAACAAUUAAAAAACUUGGAUUUAAAUGAAAUUUCACAAAAGCUUAAACGGCAAAAAGUUGAAGUGCAAUUACCGAAAUUCAAAUAUGAGUUUGAUAUAUCCCUGCAGCCUGUUUUGGAAAAGUUGGCCCUCGUGUCGUUAUUCAGUGGCGAGGCCAACUUUAAUAGCCUGUUGCAAAGUCCGGCGCCCCUGCAUAUCUCUGAGGUCAAGCAUAAAGCUCUCAUUGAGGUAAACGAGAAGGGCACUACUGCCACUGGAGCCUCCUUCUCUAAAGUCGUAUUGGAAUUGGAAGUGAUUGGUGAAGUGACCUACAACUUUACAGUGGACCAUCCCUUUUUCUUUGCCAUCAAGGACAAGCAGAACACCUAUUUCCUUGGACAUGUCACUACACUAAGCUAAGAAGCAUAAAUUUUCCGCCAAAGAUGUGAAAAUGAAGCGAGCAGCCAAUAUAUGCCAACAAUUCAAUGUCAGGGUACAACAGCAACAUAUGCCUUCUUGAUUAGUUUUAGUUGCAAUUAAACGAGUCCUUCGUGGCACACACAGAAAA